GAGCUCCAGAGCUCAGCCUGGCCCCAGCCAACCUCCGGGCCCCAAGCAAACCAAGGCAAAGCAAAGUGCUGGGUAGCGAGAGCCUACGCUGGGGCCCCAAGCCCUGGCCAAGUUGCCGCUGCCUGCACAUCUGGCACCACUGGAACUCUGGCGCUUCUAGCUGCGGGCCAGGCUGAGCUGGGCUGGACGGACGCAAGGAACUGCUACUCCUCUCUGUCCGCCUCGCGUGCCCCCCCAGCCGGGCUCCGUUCUAGGAGCCCGCCUCAUGAUUGAGCACGGGAGCGGGAGAAAGGAAGGCGGCCCCCCAACCCACCUGCAGCCUUGGUGUCCCCGACAUGAUCCCCUACUUCUCCGCCAACGCGGUCAUCUCCCAGAACGCCAUCAAUCAGCUCAUCAGCGAAAGUUUCCUCACUGUGAAAGGUGCAGCCCUCUUCCUACCACGAGGAAAUGGGUCAUCCACACCAAGAAUCAGUCACAGGCGCAACAAGCACGCAGGUGAUCUUCAGCAGCACCUGCAGGCCAUGUUCAUAUUACUACGCCCUGAAGACAACAUUAGGCUGGCUGUGAGAUUGGAAAGCACAUACCAGAACCGCACGAGAUAUAUGGUGGUGGUUUCAACCAAUGGCAGACAAGAUACUGAAGAAAGCAUUGUCCUCGGGAUGGAUUUCUCCUCUAAUGACAGUAGCACUUGUACCAUGGGUCUGGUCCUGCCUCUCUGGAGUGACACCCUUAUUCAUUUAGAUGGCGAUGGUGGGUUCAGCGUUUCAACAGAUAACAGAGUUCACAUAUUCAAACCCGUGUCUGUGCAGGCAAUGUGGUCUGCAUUACAAAGUUUACAUAAGGCAUGCGAAGUGGCCAGAAGUCAUAACUAUUACCCAGGCAGCCUGUUCCUAACCUGGGUGAGUUACUAUGAGAGCCAUAUCAACUCCGACCAGUCAUCAGUCAACGAAUGGAACGCCAUGCGAGACGUGCAGUCCCACCGGCCAGAUUCACCAGCUCUUUUUACAGACGUCCCGACUGAACGAGAACGCACAGAAAGGUUAAUCAAGACCAAACUAAGGGAAAUUAUGAUGCAGAAGGAUUUGGAAAACAUCACGUCCAAAGAGAUACGCACAGAGUUAGAAAUGCAGAUGGCAUGCAACCUUCGGGAGUUCAAAGAGUUCAUAGAUAAUGAGAUGAUCGUGAUCCUUGGACAGAUGGACAGCCCCACCCAAAUCUUUGAGCACGUGUUUCUGGGCUCAGAAUGGAAUGCCUCCAAUUUGGAAGACCUACAGAACCGAGGGGUACGGUACAUCUUGAAUGUUACUCGGGAAAUAGAUAACUUCUUCCCAGGAGUCUUUGAGUAUCAUAACAUCCGGGUGUAUGACGAGGAAGCUACAGACCUGCUGGCCUACUGGAAUGACACUUACAAAUUCAUCUCCAAAGCCAAGAAACAUGGCUCUAAAUGCCUCGUGCAUUGCAAGAUGGGGGUGAGCCGAUCUGCCUCCACCGUGAUUGCUUAUGCUAUGAAGGAAUACGGCUGGAACUUGGACCGUGCCUAUGACUACGUGAAGGAAAGGCGUACCGUCACCAAGCCUAACCCCAGCUUCAUGAGGCAGCUGGAGGAGUACCAAGGGAUCCUGCUGGCCAGCAAACAACGGCACAAUAAGCUCUGGCGGUCUCACUCAGACAGUGACCUCUCCGACCACCAUGAGCCAAUCUGCCAAUCAGGGAUGGAGCUAAACAGGAAGGAGAUUACCACUUCAGCAGACCAGAUCACCGAGGCCAAGACUGCGGAGAGCCACCCUCCGAAGCCCCCUGUCUUUGUGGAACACAAGCUCCCCCAAGACGUGAACACGCACGCACUGUGCACUGAAGAGAGAAUGAUCUGCUUAGAGUUUACGUCAAGAGAAUUUCAUACGGGACAAAUUGAGGAUGAGUUAAAUCUCAAUAACAUUAAUGGGUGUUCAGCAGGGUGUUGUCUGAGCGAAUCCAAAUUUCCUCUUGACAACUGCCAUGCGUCUGAAGCCUUAGCCCAGCCUGAAAACUCCUUGGAGACUCCCCCACGGUUCCCGGACUUAACGGUGGAAGACCUGGAGACGGACGCACUGAAGACAGACAUCAGCGUCCACUUACUCCCCAUGGAAGAGCUGACGUCGCGGUUGAGAGACCUGCCCGUGUCUCCAGAGGCCGACUCACCUGGGCCCCAGCCCAGGUCCCAGGCGGAGGUGGCAGAGGUGGCUGAGGCGCCAGACUUCAGUACCGACCGCAUCGAUUUUUUCAGUGCCCUAGAGAAGUUUGUGGAGCUCUCCCAAGACACUCGACCACGCUCCUGCUCCCACUCCAGGAGCGAGGAAGCAGGUGGGGGGAGGAAUGGCGGAGUCCGACUGUCAGUGUUGGAAACAGCCCCGUCCGACGCGACCCCCGAGGGGCAGAGAAGCAGCUCCUCGAGUAACACCCCACACAUGUCAGGAGAAUCUUCCAUGGAUGAAGACCAGCCAAAGGAUAUCUCUGAAGUGGUUAGCCCAGAGGAUGUGAUGCAAUCCCACUCAGAAAAUGCAAUUUCAGUGAAAGAAAUUAUCACCGAAAUUGAAUCCAUCAAUCAAGGGAUCGGGCAGUGUCAACAGAAGGUGGAUAUCCUGUCCAACCCAUGCCAAACACCAAAGAGAAACACCAUCCAUGAACUGCCAUUCUUUGAGGCAGCCUGGGCCUCCGAGAAUAAGCCUGCCCACCUGGACCAGAAGGAGGGAAUGUGUACAGUGCAGCCUGAACCGGCGAAGGGAGAGCAGGAGGCCGUGCUGACUGCUCCGGCCCCUCUGGAAGACUCGGAAGAAGGGGAUCCAGCUGAGAAAGACUCAGAGUCGCGAGGCCCCGGUCUGGACCCAGCGCCCAAAUGGUGCCCUGGGUCUGUGAGGCGGGCAACCUUGGAGUUUGAAGAACGGUUGAGACAGGAACAAGAACACCAUGGGGCUGCCCCCCUCGGCACGCUGCCCACUCGCAAGAACUCCAGGAAUGACUCUGCCAUGCCCGACGGAACUCCAAGAGGCAAGAAUGAAGAGCUCGCUCUGGAACCUGCCUCGGGGCCCAAGGAACAGGAGUUGAGCAAGGCCAAGACAAAAGACAACGUGGCAGAGGCCUUCCCUCCCCAGCCUGACCAGGUGCCUGACGCACAGUCAUCUGUGCUGCUAGGAUUCUACCCCAGCCCAGCUUUUCAAGAGUGUGCCCUGGCAGAUGUGGGAGCAAAGCAGGGAGAAGUGUCCAAAGAGCCCCUCGCAUCCACGAAAAAGCCUAUUCCGGACCAUCUUCCCAAAAGGUUCGAAAUCAUUGAGUACACUCCCAUGGUGACAUCCCCUGACUUAACAUUUGACUUGGCUGCAGCAGAAAAGAAUGGGGAACCAGUGCUGAAGACAGUCAUGGUGGAGAAAUCUGUCACAGUGAUGUGUACCGUGGAUGAAAAUCUCAACACCACCCUGUGCCCAGAGCUAGCUUCUCUGCGCCCUCAAACGCUACCUCUGCUUAACCCUGCAUCUCUUAAGCGUGAUGGAGCUCCCCAUGCUGCCUUCACUCUGGGCAGUCCUGAGGAAGAGAAGUCCAAUUCUCCUUCUCCUCCAGGGACGACGGCUCCUUUUGUGAGUCACGCAGGCUGCUUACCGUCAGCCGGCUUGGAUUACAUGCAUCCCCAAGCGGUCCUUCACCUAGAAGGGGUGACUGAGGAAAGCAGCACCACGGACAGUGAGCCGUCGUCAGAGCAGAGCUGCUGUGCCGAGCGUACCUCCGACAGUAUCACAAUGCUCCCCAGGGAAGCUGAGGGCGCUCUGGGCCACUGGGGCUGUGAAGACCUCAAAGUGGUUGGCCGCCUUGCUGGGAACAUGGAGGAGAUCCACGAGAUGUUGGGCCCACAUGCACCCUGUGGUCUCCCGCAUAGUUCCAGUAGUGACAGCGUAAAGGACCUCAGCCAAGGUGCCAGGAUGGUGAAAAAGCAUUCGAAAGAAAUGGAGUCCCGAGUCCUUCGGCAAGCAGGGCUUACCAGACCGUCCCAGAUGAAGCGUUCAGCUUCUCUAGCGAGGCUAGGGCACCUGAAUCUGCAUAAAAGUGCUUUGUCUGAGGUAGAGUUGGUGUCUCCAGAAGGUCAUCUGGACCUCCUCCAGCCCCUCAUCAGGACAGGCCCGGGUGGGCCCACCCUGGAAGAGGCCUCAGCAAGGCUCAGACCCAUUUCCCAGCACCCCGAGCCCACCACAUAUUUUGUAGAGCAACUGAAAAUGGCGGAGUGUAUGGCCCAGAGCAGGCCAGUCGAGAGGCCUCUGGUGCAGUAUGCCAAAGAGUUGGGGUCAGCUCAGCAGUGUUUGCUUCCCAGUGCAGGACACAAAUUGACUAGUUCUGGCAGGGGCCUUCCCUUGCCCCAGAGACAGCAGGGAUUAGAUUCUCCAAGCCCAAGCCCGGGGCUGACUGUAGCUGAGCUGCUGCAGCAUGGGAGAACUCAGCCUCUUAGGAGACUCAAAAAGUCCAGCAGCAAAAAGCGGACACCCAGUCCCUUCUAUAACACCAUGUGAUCCGGAGUCCAGCCAGGCCUCCUCAAGGGAAAUUUAUGUGUUUGUCAAAGGGGCAGGUGUAAUAUGUAAGGAACAUGCACUUUAUUGGUUAAUUUUCUAUGUUUCGGUCAUUUUACUAUUGCUGGCGCAUGCAGGGUUUAGGUUUUCUGUGUGUGACGUGGACUGCGAGACCAUUUUAUCUUUGGGGUUUUUUUGUUUUUUGUUUUUUAAAGAAACUCAGACAACCUCAAAAAAAGAAAAAACACCUCAUUUUCAAAGAACACCAUCAAAAGCAAAUUGCUGUUUUUCAAUCAGCUACCCCUGCUUCUCAUCUCUCAGCCUGAGAUGUGCACACCCACAAGGCAAGGGAAAGGAAGGGAGGGGAAGGUGACCAAUGAGUAGAGAGGCAGGGUGGAGGAUGAUGGAAAUUGGCAAAGCCCAACCUAAGGGUCUUUCUAACCAUGCUCUGACCCUCAGGCCUGGCCACAUGGGUCAUGUGGAGAGGCAGCAGAACUCACAGACUCCAGGCCCUGGGCUGGUAGAUAUUGUUCAAUGAAUGGAUGGCUUUUGCUUUGACUUAAAAGGGGGCAUUCACAUAGAAACAGUUUCCCCCUGAGCUCUCGCUCUAUGGUGUAUUGCUGAAGGACAUAGCUAAUGACAGGAUUUAUUGAUUUAUUAGGCAGAUUCUUGGGGCUCCAGAACAAAAUCAGAAAAAGAACUCCCUUAGUGAAGAGGGCCUCCCAAGGUGAGCAGGUCGGGAGGCAGCCCUAGCAAUCCCAUCUAGUGAACCUGCCUGUCCUUUCUGUGAGAUGGGUCUGCAUUCCACCCCCUUCUUAAUCCUUUAGGAAAAGGUUUUCCAUAGAAAAGAUAAUGAAUGACCUGUUGGAAAACAACAAUGGAAAGAUGAAGUGUUCUUUUAAAAUGAACUGCCUGUAGGGUUUUAACCCUUUCAUUACUUGAAUACUGCUGUGGGCCUUGUGAGUUUAAUGGCCAUAUGUUUCCCCACAAUUUAUUUUUCUUCCCCGUGCCGUGUUUCCUCCAAUGCUGCCUGUGUUUUGUGGGUAUUUUUUUAUUAUUUCAUAGGAAACAUUUGAAUUGUUACAUUACAGGUGUAUAGCCUCCUUCAAAUGCAAAGCUUUCUUUUCUAUGUUGUCACUGUUAACACUUGACGAAAGGUAUUUUUCCUUUCCUGGAAGUUUUGUCAUUUUCCUAAAUUGUAUAUACAAUAUUUAUGUAGGUAAUUUUUGUU